AUGCCAGGGAAAAGGCCACUCAAUGCGACUGCUAUCCCAGGUGCCAAAAGGGAACGGAAGGCAAUCACCCUUGACAUCAAAUUAGAAGUUUUAAGACGAUUCGAAGCGGGCGAGAAACUCAGCCAAAUCGCGAAGACCUUAGGGCUCGCAGUCUCCACAGUGGCGACCAUCCGAGACAAUAAAGAAAAAAUCAAAGCGAGUUCGCAAAUAACUACACCCUUGAGAGCCUCCCGGCUGACUCACCACCGCAGUGCAGUGAUGGAGAACAUGGAGAGGCUGUUGAGUGUCUGGCUCGAAGACCAGAGCCAGCGCAAUGUGCCGCUGAGCGUCGCCAUCAUUCAGGAGAAAGCCAAGAGCUUGUUUGACGACUUACAGCGUGAACAAGGCGAAAGCUCGCAAAUGGAGAAAUUCAGUGCAAGUAAAGGAUGGUUUGUUAGGUUCAAGGAGCGCCAUUGUUUACCGCACUUCAAGAUGAACACCACUCCUCCUGGGGGCAACGUGGACACAUACCUAGAAAUGCUGAAAAGCAUCAUUGAAGAAGGUGAGUACACCCCCUGGCAAGUCUUUAAUGUAGAUGAGACGGGGCUUUAUUGGAAAAGGCUGCCGGAAGGAAUGUUUCUUUCUGCGGAGGAGAAAGCUCAACCAGGGUUUAAAUCAUCCAGAGAUCGCUUGAUGCUGCUCCUAGGGGGCAAUGCUGCUGGGGACUUCAAGCUAAAGCCCCUACUGGUGUACCACUCAGAAAAUCCUGCAGCUUUGAAGGGUUACUCCAAGCCCAACCUGCCUGUCAUCUGGCGCUCAGACAAAAAGGCUUGGGCUACCAGGGCCAUCUUUCAUGAAUGGUUCACGUACUUUUUUUGCCCUGCUGUUGAGAAGUACUGUGCUCAAAAUAAUCUCACCAACAAAGCACUGCUCAUCCUGGAUGGAGCACCAUGCCACCCAGUGAAUCUGAGUGACCUGUCUGCUCAUGUAAGAGUAGAGUAUCUUCAUGACACUACAGCCGACCUGAUUCAGCCCAUGGGUCAAGGUGUGACCUCCAUCUUCAAAGCUCAUUACCUGAGAAGGACUUUUGAGCACAUCCUGGAAGCAACAGAUGGAGAGGAUAAGGCUACAGUCAGGGAGUUUUGGAGGAACUACAGUAUCAUGGAUGCUGUGGACAACAUUGUGGUCGCUUGGGAGGCGCUCAAACCUGUAACAAUGAACAGUUUGUGGAAGAAGAUUUGGCCAGAGUGUGUUCAGUGCCACAGUCUUCCCCGGACAGACAACAUUACACAGCUUCGACAAGACAUUAUGACCCUUGCCAGGAAUGUGGCCUGUGAGGAGGUCACAGAUGCUGAUCUGGGCCGGUUGCUGCAGUCUCAUGAAGACGAUCUCUCAAAUCAGGAGUUGAUGCAGCUGCAACAGGGGUGGGCUGCAGGAGAGGAAGCUGGUGAGGAUGCCUCCCCUGCUCUGCGGCAGUUGACCACAGAAGCUCUCUCAGUGGCCUUCUCGCACUUCGAAGCUGGCUUGAAGAUUCUUACCAGUAACAGCUCUGAUGAUGAAUGGAAGCAGCAAGUCUCCAGAGCAAUCAACAAGGCCAUAUACUGCUAUAGGGAACUGUACAAUGAGAAGAAGCGGCGUUCAAAGCAGCUGUCUUAG